ACCCUCCUGGUGCAUUGGACGGCGAGAUUGCAAUAUCCACAGCACCAAUGGAGAAGUAUCAAGCAACAGAUACCUUGCAGCAGGACUCCAGCGGGAGUGGCGUGAUGACGCCGGUCAACGCAGAGUCUCUGCCGGACAAGGAACAGAUUGCUCUGCAUGAUGACCCCUUGUCGGAAUCAUCCAACAGUGUGGCCGUUGAACCCAUUGCCCUGAGCGUGAAGCGGUUUCUUUCCCUGCGCAAUGUCGACGGGAACGCACUGCACUCGGCUAGAAUCGUCAUGGAGAACGUGACAGUCGAAGGGAGCGGUACCGGGGCUCUGCCGGCUCCAAGCGUCCUCACAGCGGCAAAAGGUGGCUUUGGCCUGUUGGAGCCCAUCCAAAGUCGCCUGCAUCGUCCGUCAUCACGGCCCAUUCUUCGUGAUUUCUCCGCUGCCAUCCAGCCGGGCGAGAUGGUCUUGGUCAUUGGAAAGCCGGGCAGUGGUUGUACCACGUUCUUGAAGACCCUGGCUGGCAUGUGGAAUGAGUACAAGGACGUCCAGGGAACCUUGACCUUCGGAGGUCAGCCCAUGGAAGAUGUCAUCGAUAAGGAUCCGCAGAAUGUUGUGUUCUGUGGCGAGUCUGAUGACCACUUCCCGACGCUGACCGUCUUCGAAACGUUGCGUUUUGCAAUGAGGGCGCGCUGUGGCCCCAAGCCCUCUUCUUCAGAGAUUGACGAGAGAGUAAAGCAGUUGGCGCAAUUGAUUGGACUCGGUCAUGUUCUCAACACAAAGGUUGGAGACGCUUAUAUCAGAGGUGUUAGUGGAGGUGAGAGACGCCGUGUCUCGUUGGCUGAGGCGCUCGCCACAUGUGCAAGGCUGAUUUGCUUGGACAACCCGACCAACGGCUUGGACUCCUCAACAGCGCUUGAGUUCAUAGAGAUGAUGCGGGAAUGGACCCACCAGAGUCAGUGCGUGACGGCUAUGAGCGUGUACCAAGGCAGUGAUGCUAUUGUUCCAUACUUCGACAAGGUUGUUGUGAUCAAUGCCGGACGUCAGAUCUUCUAUGGCUCCAUCCAAGACGCCAAAUCGUACUUCCUGAGUCUGGGCUUCGAAUGCUCGUCUGCUACCACCACCACCGACUUUUUGAACUCGAUGUCCGCCAGUCCGGAGGUCCGUCGUGUACACGAAGCUCAUCAGAACCAGAUCCCCCGCACACCCGACGAGUUCCAGCAAGAGUUUCGACGCAGUGUUCACUUUGACGAGCUUAAGUCGGCCGUCCGGGCUGCGAAGUCCCUUCCUGCAGUGGCCCGCCCUUCGAAAUCGGCUCAAUACGCUUUGCCACUUUACCAGCAAAUUGCGUACUGUACCACGCGCCAGGUUCGCAUCAUUCAGCACAACUAUAACUCACUGGUUGUAGAAGCCCUGUGCAUCGUUGUCCAAAGCCUGAUUCUGGGAACACUGUUUCGAAACCAGCAACGGAGCACAGGGUCCUUCUUCAUCUUCGCGUCCGCCCUCUUCUACUCCGUUCUCGUUCCCGCACUGCAGGCCAUGGCGGAGUUCCGCAGUACAUUCGCCCAACGACCGCUGAUUUUGAAGCACAAACGAUACCGGCUGUACCGUCCCAUGGCUUACGGCUUUGGAUUGAUCAUGACGGAUAUUGUCUGGAAGAUCUUCGUCAUCUUUUGGAAUAUUCCCCUGUACUUCCUUACUGGUUUCCAAAUGAACGCCGGCAAGUUCUUUACCUGGUUCAUCGUGGUAUACAUCGAACACUUGGCCUUGUCCAUGUUUUUCCGCUCGGUCGCUGUGUAUUCUUCCAACAUGUACCGCGCUGUUCUUCCGGUCGGUAUCUUCUUCAAUAUGUACGUUUUGUACACAGGUCUCUAUGUGCCGCCACCGCAGAUGCAAGUAUGGCUCGGCUGGCUGAGAUAUCUGAAUCCCCUGCAUUAUGGUUUCGAAUCGGUCAUGAUCAACGAAUUUGGCAACCUGAGCUACGAGUGUAGCACUGCAGACCUUGUUCCGUCGGGACCUGGGUAUACCAGCAUUGCCAACCAGGUCUGUGCAGUGGUGGGAUCGGAGCCAGGUCAACGAAUGCUUUCAGGAAUGGCAUAUAUCAAGGCACAGUACGGUUUCGAAAGAAGUAACCUGUGGCGCAACCUGGGAAUCAACGCAGCUUUCUUCAUUGCCUUUGGUCUGGCCUCAGCCAUUGGUAUGGAGCGUCUAAAGCAACCAGCUGGCCGCUUAGCGACUGUGUUCUAUCGUGGUAUGGGAACUAAGAAGUCGUCUGCUCCACAACCUGGCGCGAAGAUGAGUGAUCAAGAAAGCGGAGAUCUGGAUCUCGAUGUUCCGCCAGAGCCAGGCAAAGAAACCACACGUGAGCGAAGCGCAACGCUGGAGUACCAGCCUCGCAGCCUGACCUGGACUGGGCUAAAGCUCGAUGUGAAAACCAAGGAUGGCCAGAAACGCCUGCUCGACAAUCUAAACGGAUCAGUGUAUAGUGGUCAGCUGAAAGCAUUGAUGGGCGUAUCCGGAGCGGGCAAGACUACUCUGCUGAACGCGCUGGCGGGCCGCUCAAAAGUGGGAGCCCUUACUGGAACACUGGCGCUGAACGGACAACUGCUUCCCAAGUCUUUCAACCGCCACAUGGGCUAUGUACAACAGCAGGAUAUUCACUUGCCUACGCAAAGUGUACGAGAAGCAUUGCAAAUGACGGCCCGCCUUCGCCGAUCGCAAGACGUUUCCCUCGAAGAGAAGGACGCCUACGUUGAAGAGGUCAUUCGCUCGCUAGACAUGGAAUCGAUUGCGGAUGCUCUGGUCGGAACGCCGGGAGCCGGUCUCAAUCUGGAACAGCGCAAGAGGGUCAGUAUCGGUGUGGAAAUGGCUGCGAAGCCGGACAUUCUAUUCUUGGACGAGCCCACUUCUGGCCUUGAUGGGCAGUCAGCUUACUCCAUUGUCCGCCUUUUGCGAAGACUCGCGGACUCUGGCCAGGCAAUCAUCUGCACAAUUCAUCAGCCCGCCGCGGAAUUGAUCUCAACGUUUGACGAGCUCUACCUGUUGGCACGUGGUGGACAGGUUGUGUACGAUGGGCCGUUGGGUAUGGAAUGCCAGCAGGCUCUCGCUUACUUUGCGCAACAUGCUCGCCCGUGCCGUGAGCGAGAGAACCCCGCCGAAUACUUCCUCGAGGUGAUCGGCGCCGGCACACGACGGGAUGUUCAGACCGAUUGGGCAGAGAUAUGGAAGCAAGGCCAUAGCCAACCCUCCAGCAUCCAGGUUGCACCUGCCUCGCCGAAGAGUGAUUCGUCCAUGUCCUUGCACGCCGCGCCCUUCUAUUACCAGAUGGUCGUCUUGCUCAAGCGAACAUGGCUGUACUACUGGCGGGCGCCAGAUUAUGCUCAGGCUAAAUUGUGGUUGAAUGCGGGUAAUGCGUUGCUCAACGGAAUGACCUACCUCAACUCGCCACUGACUCAACGGGGCGCUUACAACCGCGUCUUCUCCUCGUUCAUGUCCUUGAUUGUCGGCCCUCCCUUGGGUCUGCAGGUGCAGCCGCGGUUCGUCACAUUGCGGAACAUCUUCGAGCACCGUGAACGUGAGAGUCUGACCUACCACUGGAUGGCGUUCAGCCUUUCGGCCAUUCUGGUUGAACUGCCGUACGCCUUCUGCACCUCCCUCGUGUACUGGCUAUUGUGGUAUUUCCCCGUGGGAUACUUCCGCGACUCCAACCACGCCGGCUACAGCUUCUUGAUGUACCAGCUUUUCUCUGUGUUCGCAACCAGUCUGGCCCAACUGUGCGCCUCGCUGAUGCCGACCGUAGAAGCUGCACUUUCGGCGAAUGGGUUUUUCUUCAUGUUCUGUAACACCUUCGCGGGUACCCUGUCACCGGCACCAGUCACACCCGCUGGCUGGCGUUGGUACUACAAGGUUUCUCCCCUGUUCUACAUGAACGAAGGCGUGGUAGUGGAUGUUCUGCACGAUCUACCCCUCCACUGCGCGAAGUCGGAGAUGUCCGUGUUCCAGCCACCAACCGGCAAGAGCUGCUACGAAUAUGCUGCUGCCUUCUUGCAAGAUGCCACGGGCUUUCUCGUCAACCCAAACAGUACGGCCAACUGCGAAUACUGUCCCUACAAAAACGGCCAAGCUUACUACACGCAAUAUGACUACAGUUAUAGCCACCGGGGCCGGAAUGUGGGUGUUUUCAUCGGCUUUAUUGCCUUUAAUUUCACCAUGGUAAUGGUGAUCACCUAUCUGACGCGUGUGCGUCGGCGCCGUUGA